AAUUCAUGUUGCGCAUCACUGAAUUUGCUUUUGACUUGAAAGUCAGUUUGUUUCUUUCCUCAGUGUAACAAUGUGCAGCACCACAAACUUAACUACUUAUUAAGGAUUUUGGUUAGAAAUAGGCCAUUUCCUUGAGGCUUAAAUAAGACUGGGGUCUGAAGUCUCUGAUUGUGAAUUUAAUUUGUCAUAAGUAAGGGAAACCAGUAGUGUUAGUGUUAUAGUUUUAUAGAUCCUUUUAUUUAGAUUCAAAUAAAAUUGUCUAUAAAAUGCUCCUCUCCACUGUGCGCACUGGAACUAUUUGUAGCCACGUUGUAGCCUUUUUAUUUACGAUACAAAAAUAUGUAAAACAAAUAAAAUACAGACAAUACACUUUGACUGUUCAAAAAAGCGCCACCAGAGGGCAGUAUAUUACCGUUCGUCUGUUUGGCACACGCCAUAGCGUCAGGGCAAGUCUUCAAGAUGGCGAAUGUAAUUUUAGUCCAGACAGCCGAAUCGAGUCUCCGAUACAUCAAAAUGUUAAAAACUUCAAAUCAAGAUUAUACUUUUACAAAAAAAAGUCAAACUCUCAAAGUUCACAUCCAAUUCGUUCCAUCUAUUCGUUCCUUACGUGAAGACAAAUAACGUGAUUAAUUUUCCGCUAUAUAUGGUUGUUUUUGUGUCCUGUGACACCGCCAGUCGGUUCACAGACCCACUCAAAUAAGCUUAAAGACUCGCACUUACACCACACGUUUCCGUCUCGUUUGACGAAAUGGAUGGUUGCAAAUGCUUCAGUAGUCGCCAUCGUCGCGCAAUACGUCUUGGGAAAUGUAGUUUAAACACGCCCAUCUCCUCCAAAGGGGAACCGCCUUGUCUGCCCGGGCACGGAAUACAUUUCCCGGCGUCACCCCCUGGGCGACGGCACCAUUUUGGUGUCACCUCAUGAAUAUGUAGCAGGACAUUUGCGUAAGAGGUCGGCCGACGUUCAUCUCGGAGUCCGGCGUAACACUGUCUCUGCGCAAUGAGACACACGGUUGCGUCUCCGCCCUACUGUACAGCGCGCUGCUACUCGAGUUUCCCCUCUGCCAUCCGUCUCCAUGAUCUGACACAUCCGCCGAGGGACGGGCGAAGGUAACUGCAUGUUCAGCAAACCGACCGCGCCGUGUAGACGGCGCACGCCGACGCCAGUCUUCUCCGCCGCCCGCUACGCGGACUAGGAGGUCGCUCCGCCAGCACGGACCUCCGGGUGACUUUUUCUCCACGGGAGAUGGAAAGUGCGCGGGCAGGCGUGGCGGCCGAGGGCAGCUCCUCGGUGGCAGGCGCAUGGAGAAGCAACUUGGAUGGCGGCGGUGUUGGCAAGUUUAAAAAGCCCAGCGGGUUAUCCGUCGCUCCGGGGAGAGGAGUUGAUGGCGGCGGCGAGGCGAAGCCUGAGAGCGGAAGGCAACUGACAGCUCCCCGCGUAGAUGUGCUUAAAGGGAGCAGUCGCCAGUCUUCAGCGGCUGCAGAGUUAAACAUUACAAACAAAAGUCUGGUCAAAACCUCCAAAAACGGCCGAAGUUUAACAGGUAACUCCAACUCGCUUCUUCUGAAAAGGCGGCGACUGAAAAGGAAUCUAUCGGCUGCCUCAGCCGCCACCACCGCCGCCUCGGUUGUCCCCGCCGGGGCUGGAAAAAUGAACUCAGCUCCUUCGUCGGCUUUGCACACACGGAGCCUGGAUAGGAAGACGUUACUCAGACAUCGGCAAAACAUUCAACUUCAGCCGUCCGACAGACAGUGGAUUCGGGCGGAUCUACACAGGGGAUCCAUAUACGUCCACGACAAGCUGGCGCCCUCGUAUCCCAGGCCGGUGUUGUGUACGCUGGAGACCACCGCCGGGGAGGUCGCCCAGCGGUUCAGCCAGCUGAGUGGUAAGUCGGGGUCAGUUGUGCGUAUGGUUGGAAAAGUUUACACGACGACCGACGUGAACGGCAACUGUAAUGGUGAAUAUACCCUUAGCCGCGAUCAGUUUAAACCCAACGCAAACGCCAGCGCAGUCCGCAGCCGCCACGGCUCUCCUCGGCACGUCGUGGGCACGGGUGGCCUGCCCGACCGGCCAAGUGACAGGCUGAGACUUUUACUCCUCGAAAAAGAUCACGAUGGACGCCAUCGGGACUUCGACGUUAAUCUCUUCUCGCCAGACACGCACCCGGUGGUCAAUAUUUUAGAUAACUCGCUGUCGGACCUCAAUUCAAAUACGAACCUCACCACGCCAAACGAUGAGGACUCGAUAAAACGACUCACUGGGACGGACAGCUGUGGCCGAAACUCGGGUUCGGAUGUGGAAAGCAGUGCUUUUGACGAUCUGAGCUCCGGGGCCCGGCUAAGCGAGCACCGGGACUCCCUGAGCGAUGACAUGAUACUGGGGACAGACGCGUCCGUUUUAAGUCCAACCUUCGACAGCGCAACCGAGGGCCAGGACACUUACGGUAGUUCAUCCGACGAGCUCGAACUGGACUGUCCUUCGUCCGGCGCCGCGCUCGAUUCCCUGCCGCAGAACCUGAACAGUUUCACUAAUGACAUUAACGACGCCAACAACGGCCUCAUCACCGUGGCCCGUUUCAACGACAUUACGGAGGAGAACGAGCCGAGGAUCGACAGGGUCGAGCCGCUGGGACGAGCCUCCAUGCCACCCAGUAAAAGCGCCGAUUCCUUAUCCAAAGCCGGUCUGUCGGCUGCCCCCGCCGCCAGCCAACCCGGGAAUCGCCCCGGCACUCUGGAGCCGGGGUCUGCGGCUGAGGACGACUCCGCUCCGGCACUGUACGUGCAGCUGCACGGCGAGGCGGCCCGGCGGCUAGGCCGAGACGAGAGGCCUCUGCAAAUACAGAACGACUUUCUUUUUAAACUGGGAUUUAAGGACCCGUGGCGGGUGCAGGAGGAGGGAAUGAACACGGAGUUGGGAUCCGUACUGCGCUUCUAUUCAGGAAAGCCCCACAGCUUAGAGAGCUCUGAGCGUGUGCAGCUGUCGGGCACGUUCAACGUGCGCAAGGGCAAACUGCAGCUACCGGUCAGCCGCUGGAGCCGGCGGCAGGUCAUCCUGUGCGGCACGUGCCUGAUGGUGUCGUCCGUGAAAGCCAGCCACGCCGGCAAGAUGCACAUCCUACCCCUCAUCGGGGGCAAGGUAGAGGAGGUGAAGAAACACAGCCACUGUUUGGCGUUCAGCUCAGCUGGGCCUCAGAGUCACACUUACUACAUUAGCUUCGACAGCUUCACCGAACACCUCCGCUGGCACCGUCACGCUGCCAAGAUGGUGUCUCAGAGGAUUAGUUCUGUGGAUCUGUCCUGCUGUAGCUUGGAGAAGCUUCCCCCAAACCUGCUCUACAGCCAAGACCUCACACACCUCAACCUCAAACACAACUUCCUACCUGCCGAUCCCUCGCUGCAGCAGCUCCAGAGAUUCUCUCGGUUGCGAAGUCUGAACCUGUCCAAUAACCAGCUGGGCAGUUUCCCUCUGGCUCUGAGCUCCAUCUCCACCCUGACGGAGCUCAACCUGAGCUGCAACUGCCUCUCCAUCCUCCACCCCAGCGUGGGGGACAUGCACAACCUACAGACUCUGCUCCUGGACGGGAACCUACUGUGGUCCUUGCCAGCCGAGCUGGGCUCCCUGCAGCGUCUUGUCUACCUGGGCCUCUCCUUCAACCGCUUCACCCACGUGCCCCAGGUGCUAGAGCGCCUGCCCGCCGUCGAGAGGCUCUGCAUGGCUGGGAACAUGCUGCAACAGCUCCCCCUGCAGGUCUUCCGCCUGCUGCCCGUCAAACACGUGGACCUCAGGCUAAACCAGAUCUCCGUCGUGGUCCCGGACGAACCGGACUUCCUGCGUCACGUGACCCAGCUGGACGUGCGGGACAACCGUCUGAGCGAGCUGGACGCGUCACUGUUCCCGCGCCUGGAGGUGCUCCACUGCCAGAGGAACCGCAUCGCACGCCUCCAGCUCCGCGGGGCCGCGCUCAAAGCCCUCUACGCGGCUAACAACGAGGUGCAUGAGCUGGAAGUGAAACCGGCAGCCUCCAACGUUACGUAUGUGGACAUCUCAAGGAAUCGUCUGGAGGUGUUGCCUGACUGGCUCAGUGACAGUAAGAAGCUGGAGGUACUAGACGUCAGUCAUAACUGCAUCAGAGAGCUCCCCCAGUGGUUGUUCUGCAGCAGCAGUCUGAGGAAGGUCUUGGUGGCACACAAUGCUUUGCAGAGGUUGCCGGAGCGGGUGGAGUGGCCUGCUAUUGAGGUUUUGGACAUCCAACACAACCAGCUAGUCGAGCUGCCCUGUAACCUCUUCCUCAAGUCUGACAGUUUAAGGUGCCUAAACGCCUCAGCCAAUAAGCUAGAGAACCUGCCACCCUCCAGCCUAUCAGAGGAGAGCAACAGUGUUCUACAGGAGCUCUAUCUGACCAAUAAUCAUCUGACCGACAAGUGUGUGCCUCUGCUUACUGGACACACACAUCUGAGAAUACUUCACAUGGCCUAUAAUCACCUGCAGACAUUUCCAGCCAGUAAGAUGGCGAAGUUGGAGGAGCUGGAAGAGGUGGACCUGAGUGGGAACAGGCUGAAGUCGGUGCCCACCACCAUCCUGAACUGCAAACGCAUGCACACACUGAUCGCCCACUCCAACGCCAUCGAGGUCUUCCCCGAGGCCAUGCAACUCAUGGACAUGAAGUGUGUGGACCUGAGCUGUAAUGAGUUGGUGGACAUCACGUUGCCUGAAAACCUGCCACCAAAGCUACAGGAGCUGGACCUAACGGGCAACCCCCGCCUCAACCUGGACCACAAGACCCUGGAACAGCUCAACAACAUCCGCUGCUUCCGAAUCGACCCGCCCCCUACUUCAUUCUCAGCCAAUGAGGCCUCGGGAGGGCCAGCCGUCUGGAGCCAUGGUUACACCGAGGCUUCGGGAGUGAAAAACAAACUGUGUGUGGCGGCGCUAUCUGUGAGUAGCUUCUGUGGAAGUCGCGAGGCUCUGUACGGAGUGUUUGACGGAGACAGGAACGUGGAGGUGCCUUAUCUUCUGCAGUGCACCAUGAACGACGUGCUGGCCGAGGAGCUUCACAAGACCAAGAGCGAGGAAGACUACAUGACCAACACCUUCCUCGUCAUGCAGAGGAAGCUGGGCACAGCCGGGCAGAAGCUGGGGGGCUCAGCCGUGCUCUGUCACAUCCGACAUGACCCAACAGACCCCGCAGGCUGCUUUACGCUCACCGCCGCGAACGUGGGCAAGUGCCAGGCAGUGCUGUGUCGCGACGGCAAAGCCUUGCCCCUCUCGCUGCUGCACAACAUCGGCCUGGACGAGGAGUACAGUCGCGUCCGCCAACACAAGGCCAUCAUAACUGAGGAUAACAAAGUGAACGGCGUGACUGACUCCACGCGGAUCAUGGGCUACUCCUUCCUGUACCCGGCCGUGCUCCCCCGCCCGUAUGUGCACACGCUCCCACUCACACCCCGCGAUGAGUUCUUCAUCCUGGGCAGCCGGGGCCUGUUCGAGUCCCUGGAGCCCGACGAGGCCGUAGAAGCGGUGCGAAAGGUUCCAGACGCGCUGGCCGCCGCCAAGAAGCUGUGCACGCUGGCGCAGGCGUACGGCUGCACGGACAGCCUGAGCGCCGUGGUGGUGCAGCUCAGCGUGGCCGAGGACUGCUGCUGCUGCUGCUGUUCGGCCGCCGGGGGGCUCCACGCGUCAACGCCCCAGCCGCCCCCGAGCCCCGGUCCGGGCCUGUACCCGCCAUCUUCGGCGGCGGGCGUGCCGCCCCCGUCCUCCUGCAGCGAGAUCAGCUCGGAGGUGAGCGCGUCGGAGAUGAGCUCGGAAGUGGGCUCCACCGCCUCUUCGGACGAGCCGCCCGUCCUCGUCCAGGAGGCGCACCUGCUCCUGCUACAGCAGAGCCACCUGCCCACGCUGCUGCAGCCUAACCCGCGCCUCCUGCCCUGCUGCUCGCUCCACCCCACUUCUGCCGCCCCUGCCGCGGCUGGCUCCUUCCAGCGGCAGCUGUCCGGCGCCACCUUCUCCGGCGCGCUGUCCGACAACGGUCUGGACAGCGAGGAUGAAGAGCCCAUCGCCGGCGUCUUCUCAAACGGGAGCCGCGUGGAAGUGGAGGCCGACGUCCACUGCCUGCGUUUCCUGGCCGCUCCCCCUCCCCCUCCGCCCUGUGUUCCCCUGGCCCCCGACGAGGCGGCCGACCCCGGGCCAGAGGCGGUGCCGGCGCCGGCCCCUGCGGAAGGCGAUAAAGAAGGGAACCCCGCGAAGCAGGGCGAGACGUGGAGCAGAAGCCAGGUCAAGAGGCGGGGGAACGGCUCGGUGGCGCCCCACGAGAGGAGCCACAACCUGAUCGAGGUGGCUACCGAGGUGCCCUCCAAGAAGUCCGGUGGCUAUUUCACCGCACCGGCGCAGCCGGACCCAGACGACCAGUUCAUCAUCCCGCCAGAGCUGGAGGAAGAGGUAAAGGAGAUCAUGAAACAACACCAGCAGGAGCAGCUGAAGCCCACCAAGAGCGAGCAGCCCACCGAUUACUAUGACACGCCGCUCUGACUCCGCUCUCUCUCUCACACACACACACACACCACGGAUCAGGGUUGUCCUGUUUCAGUCCUGCAGCACCGGUGCCCCUUCAUCAUGUCUGACCCAGGUGCCGAGGUGGGCUGAGAUCAGGAAGCCGUGCUCCGUGGUCCUGGCCUUCAUCUUUUGCCCAGGAGUUUAUUUUGUGUCUGGCAUGGGCAACACCCCCUUAAAAGAGAUGGAGGUGUUGUGACGAGCCAUUUCAGGUCUGUAAGUGCCGUAACCAUCUUUGGACCCCGUGCUGUAGAAUGUGAAUUAUUAUUAUACAGUAAGACACUUAAGACAACACACUCAACUUAGAAGAGUCACAUUAUUACAGGAGCACACACCACUCUGACUUCACAGUCUGCAGUACACAGCUAGAGUGGUGUUUAGCUUGACUUUUGGAGGGCAUUGUCAGGACAGCUACACUUACAAAACAAAGGCAACGCACGACCCUGUUUCCUGCAAGCCAACCAAUAGGAACUUACAUCAGCCAAUCCCUUUAAGAGACUCUAGUCCUGCCCUGCACACUACAGUGGCCCACCCCUUUAAGAGCUCAGCCAUUCAUUACUGAUUCACUGACUGUUUAGUGUUUAUUGACUUUAAAGAGUAUCUAUAGGAUUCAACACUAGAUUUGCAAUGUUAACACAUUACCACAACACAAAAUGUUGGAAUUUGUGAUUUUGUUUUUGUUUUAUUUUUAAACUUACCGUAUCUUUUUACAUGAGUACAAUGCUGUCAGAGACUUUUAAAAGGAAUCAUACAGUGCUCAGAAUGGUUUUGUUGGAGACGGUGAUGUGUAGUACACACCAGUAAUACCGUGUUUUUCUGUUGUAGAUAGGGCAGUUAUGUAAGACUGUAUUUCUUCACUAAAUCAGGGCUUUGGGCCUGUAAAGCUAGAAAUUUAGUAGAAAUCGAAAAGACUAACUCCUAGGAGUUGCUUACUCUCUUAUGGUGACCUAGUCACUUUUUUACUAAUCUUCUCUGCGAGAAAUGGUGAUUUUUUUUCCAAUUAUUGUAAAUAAGACAAAUAUUGUAUACUGAUGCUUUUUAAAGGAACUAUGUGUCUGAGGAGCUCAUUCCUUCUUCACUUAUGUACGCGGUGUAAACACACAAACAGAGGACAUAAAAUGAACUGCACAACAUGCUCAA